AUGGCCCACGGGGUCUCUUUUGACCACAACUAUUACACGGCAGAGUCUAAGGAGGCAACAAAUGGUGGAGCCCAGGCCGUGGCAGGGGCCGUGGCCUCCACCUCAACCAAGGAGGCCUCAGGAGCUGUAGCGGUGGCUCAGGCAGAGGCGGCGGGCAGCGGCCAUGACAGUCGAGGAGCCACAGGCCGUGCCACCGUGUGUGGGCCAAGUGUCCAGAGUGAUCCGAGACAGGAGAGUGAGAGCGAUCCUGAGGAGAGUGACGACUAUGAUGAAGAUGACUUGAGCAUCAGCGACCAGGAUACUUCAGAUCCCGAGCAGGAGGAGGCAGCUCCCUCAGUGGCUGCUGCUGCUCCUCCUCUAACCGCUCCUGCUGCUGCUGCUGCUGCUGCUGCUGCUGCUGCUGCUGCUGCUGCUGCUGCUGCUGCUGCUCCUGCUGCUGCUGCUGCUGCGGCUCCUGCUGCUGCUGCGAUUCAGAUUCCGGGGCCCCACCGUUCCCGCCCGCGCCGUCCUCGUCGACGUCGUCAAACCCCAUUCUACUUUGCAGAGUGGCAGGUCGAGGAAUUGGAAAACCUGUUUGAAGAGACCCAGUACCCGGAUGUGCUUACAAGGGGAGAGCUUGCAAGAACUUUGAAUGUGCCUGAAGCCAAAGUGAAGGUGUGGUUUACCAAUCGGAGAGCCAAGCAGAGGAAGAAUGAGAAACGUGCAAUGCUGAGAAACAUGCCACCUGGUGCCGAAGACUUCAUUUUCAUGACGGAUGUGGAAGAGCCUUCUUAAUGUGCCAUCUUUGGUCAGUAAACAAAGGGCAACUUGCCGACCUAUGUGCCCAAUGCCAAGUUUAACUAUUCAGCAUGCAUGUUAACAAUAAAAGCAUGAAUUUCC